AAUACCUCUCCAUGCUCUUGCAGCUCUUCAUCCCUCCAUCCUAUUACUGUCUUUCAUAGCUUUCUAUUCUAUUAAUAACAAGCAAGCCUACAAUACAAUGACAUUCUUGCCCAAUACACUUCCCAACCACUUUCUUUCUUUCCCACCCCUUUUACUCUGCCUCAUCAUCCUUGCAUUCCCCACUUUUUUUGAUUAUGCUGCUUUUGCUUCUUCCUUAACUACUGGAAAACAACCAAGUGAAGCCACGGCUCUCUUGACGUGGAAAGCUAGCCUUCACAACCAAACUCAAACUCUCCUGUCCUCCUGGGUUGGAACCAACCAUUGCACUUGGCUUGGAAUUCGUUGCAACAAGGCCGGUAGAGUUGUCCAUAUAGACCUUCAGAGUUAUGGUUUGAAAGGUACUCUUUCUGAUCUUAAUUUCUCAUCCUUUCCUCAUCUCCUCACCCUUCAACUUUUUAACAACUCACUUUAUGGGACCAUCCCCCCCCAUAUUGGUAACCUUUGGAGACUCACCUACCUUAGCUUGCCUCUCAACAAUCUCUCUGGAACAAUUCCAACCGAAAUAGGCCAACUAACUAAUCUAAGGAUCUUGUUCCUCAAUAGAAACCAAAUCGGUGGCUCCAUCCCUCAACAAAUAGGAUUGCUCAACUCUCUCAAUGAGCUUAGCUUGUAUGCUAACAAUCUCACGGGUUCAAUCCCUUCUUCAAUUGGAAACUUGGGCAACUUAACCAGUCUGCUCCUUUAUGACAACCAACUUUCUGGAUCAAUCCCUCAAGAAGUUGGGAUGCUGAGGUCUCUCGUUGAUCUCGUACUCUCAAGGAACAAUCUCACAGGUUCAAUCCCUGCAUCUAUAGGGAACUUGGGAAACUUAACCCUUUUGUACCUUUAUGACAACCAACUUUCUGGAUCAAUCCCUCCAAAAAUUGGGAUGCUAAGGUCUCUCGUUGAUCUCGAACUCUCAAUGAACAGCCUCACGGGUUCAAUCCCUGCAUCUAUAGGGAACUUGGGCAACUUAACCACACUGAACCUUUAUGACAACCAACUUUCUGGAUCAAUCCCUCAAGAAAUUGGAAUGCUGAGGUCUCUCAUUGAACUCAUACUCUAUAGGAACUAUCUCACCGGUUCAAUCCCUGCAUCUAUAGGGAACUUGGGUAACUUAACCACACUGUACCUUUAUGACAACCAACUUUCUGGAUCAAUCCCUCAAGAAAUUGGGAUGCUGAGGUCUCUCAUUGAACUCAUACUCUAUAGGAACUAUCUCACCGGUUCAAUCCCUGCAUCUAUAGGGAACUUGGGCAACUUAACCACACUGCACCUUUAUGACAACCAACUUUCUGGAUCAAUCCCUCAAGAAAUUGGGAUGCUGAGGUCUCUCAUUGAACUCAUACUCUAUAGGAACUAUCUCACCGGUUCAAUCCCUGCAUCUAUAGGGAACUUGGGCCAUUUGACCACUCUGUCCUUUUAUGACAACCGACUUUCUGGAUCAAUCCCUCAAGAAGUUGGGAUGCUAAGGUCUCUCGUUAUUCUCGAACUCUCAACGAACAAUCUCACCGGUUCAAUCCCUGCAUCUAUAGGGAACUUGGGCAACUUAGCCACUCUGCACCUUUUUGAGAACCAACUUUCCGGAUCAAUCCCUCCAGAAGUUGGGCUGCUGAGGUCUCUUGUUGAUUUCGAACUCUCAAUGAAUAAUCUCACGGGUGCAAUCCCUGCAUCUAUAGGGAACUUAAGCAACUUAACCAAUUUGUACCUUCAUUACAAUAAGCUUUUUGGAUCUAUUCCCCCAAUGUUCAAUAAUCUUACACAUUUGACUAUACUUUCUUUAAGUGUAAACAUGCUCACUGGUCAAAUCCCAGAAGGCCUAUGCCUCAAUGGAUCGUUGGUUUGGUUUGCAGCAAACGAUAAUAACCUUAGAGGUCCCAUCCCAAAAAGUUUGAGAAAUUGCUCUAGCUUAUACAGAGUUAGGCUUGAAAGAAACCAAUUUUCGGGAAAUAUAUCAGAAGAUUUUGGCAUAUACCGAAGCUUGGAUUACAUUGAUUUGAGUCAUAACAAUUUUUAUGGUGAGCUAUCCAAAAACUGGGGAAAAUGCCACAAUUUAACUAGUCUCAAAAUGGCUAACAAUAAAAUUUCUGGUAAGAUACCAUCUGAAUUAGUAGGGGCAACUCAGCUAUCCGUUCUUGAUCUCUCUUCAAAUCAUCUCGUUGGGGAGAUCCCAUUGAAAUUGGGAAGGUUGGUUUCACUAUUCAACCUUAAGCUGGAUGAUAACUAUCUAUUAGGCAAUAUUCCUCCAGAAUUAAGUAAGUUGUCCAAUUUAGAGAACCUUAACUUGGCAGCAAAUGAUCUUAGUGGCUCAAUCCCUAGAGAACUUGGAGACUACUUAAAACUAUUGAACUUAAAUUUGAGCAAUAAUAGAUUUGGGGAAAGCAUUCCUAUUGAACUAGGCCAGAUCAGCACUCUUCAAAGUCUUGAUCUUGGUAAUAACUUGCUAAUUGGUAAGAUACCACAACAGAUUGGUGAAUUGCAAAGAUUAGAAACAUUGAAUCUCUCCCACAAUGAGUUCUUUGGUUCUAUACCAUCAUCUUUCAAUAAAAUGGUAAGUCUUACUUCCGUUGAUGUGUCAUACAAUCAGUUAGAGGGUCCUCUUCCUGACAUCAAGGCCUUCCAAGAGGCUCCAUUCGAGGCACUCAAAGGUAAUAAAGGUUUAUGUGGUAAUGCUACUGGUCUGAAGGCUUGCUUGACAAAAUUGAAUAAUGGGGAUGUUGAAAAAAAGGGCAAGAAAGUAAUGCUACUAACUGUACUUCUUGUUUUUGGAAUUUUGUUUCUUUUGCUAAUGGUUCUUGGCAUUUUCAUGGCUUUUCGUAAGAAAGCGAGGAACACAAAAAACGAGCCAUCACGAGUAAACCAUGAUAAUGUUUUUGCAAUAUGGAGCUAUGAUGGAAAAAUGGUCUAUGAAAACGUCAUUGAAGUCACUGAGAACUUCAGUGCCAAAUAUUGUGUUGGAGAGGGAGGAUAUGGUACCGUUUAUAGAGCUGACCUACCAAAUGGUCAAGUAGUUGCUGUGAAGAAACUUCAUGCAACACUUGAUGAUGACUCGGCUAAUCUAAAAGGGUUUACAAGUGAGAUCCGUGCAUUAACUGAGAUUCGGCAUCACAACAUUGUAAAGCUGUACGGUUAUUGUUCACACCCAAGGCACUCAUUUUUGGUUUAUGAGUUCUUGGAAGGGGGAAGCUUGGGAAAUGUGCUGAGUAUGGACAAUGAUGUAGUAGUCUUUGAUUGGAUUAAGAGAGUGAACACUGUUAAAGGUGUGGCAAAUGCUCUGUCUUAUAUGCACCAUGAUUGUUUUCAACCAAUCAUCCAUCGAGACAUAUCAAGCAAGAAUGUUUUGUUUGAUUUGGAGUAUGUGGCUCACAUAUCUGAUUUUGGCACAGCUAGAUUUAUGAAUCUCAACUCAUCCAAUUGGACCUCCUUUGUUGGGACCUUUGGUUAUGCUGCUCCUGAACUUGCUUAUACAAUGGAAGUGAAUGAGAAGUGCGAUGUUUAUAGUUUUGGGGUGCUAGCACUGGAAGUGAUUAUGGGGAAGCAUCCGGGUGAUCUAAUCUCCUCUUUAUCAUCGUCCUCGUCCUCAUCAUCAACAUCAACUGCGCAAGGGAUAUUUUUGAAGGACGUCUUGGACCAACGCCUCCUACCUCCGAGGAAUCAAGUGGCAGAGCAAGUAGUUGUUGUUGCGAAACUAGCAUUUGCAUGUUUACACACCACUCCACUGUCUCGGCCAACCAUGCAACAAGUUGCUACGAUGCUAUCAAAUGAAAGACCAACACCACAAAACCAAUUCUACAUGAUUACAUUAGGACAACUCUUUGACAUCAACUGCUCGAGCUCUUGAGUAGCUGGUGAACAAGAUUUUCCAUUGGAACUUGGCUCCACUGUUAUUGGACAUCUACGACUUUAGUCCUGAGUUCCAAAAGCCAAGAGAACCAAGCUUUUUUUUUUGAUGAAUGCAAGGAUUCAACUGAGUCUUCGUUGGUCAUCUCAAGCAGAGGGCAAUCAUCUAAGUUUUGUGUGGGUUUGUUUGUCCUGUUUUAUAUGUUUUGUUUUGAUUUUGCUUCUAGCAGGGUAGUGGUGUGGUGUGUUGCUUUCAUUUUUUAGGAUUCUGUCUCCUAUACUAGACUUAGGUGGUAUUUUUCUUUCGAUCUCUCUAUCCUAUGGUUCACUUGUGAUUGGUUUGUAUAUGAAAUGAAGUUCAUGAAUCACACCUAUGAUAUUUAACAAGCAUU